AAUCUAGAGAGGUUGUGCUAAAGAAAUUGGAAAAUUUAUACGCAAAGCAGAAAGCUGUGGAGACAGAACAGCAAAAGAAAAAUUUGGAAGAGGACGUUGCUCUUGAUAUAGCACCUAUGAAUUUGCCUCCCCCCAAAGCAAGAGCCUUUUUUUCCGUUGAAGCUUCAGGAGGAAACAAAUGAAACACUAAGUGGCAAAACUAAGAAGCCUAUCAUACUGACACGAAAAGCUUUGUUUCUUCCAAAAGAGGGAAACCAGCUGCAGCCCGGGGUCCAUUUAACUACUUCAAAUGUACUAAUGGCACCUACAGAUCAAGUGGGGAAACAGGAACAUGAAGUAGCAGGACAGGUUGCUGGUAUUCCUCCAACACUCAUACAAGCAGAUCUGAGUCCUGUACAAAUUCAAUCAGGAAUGGCUUCUGUGGUAAUUCAGCUUCCAAGUGCAAUCAAAUUAAAAGAUAUUAUUGCUAAUAAUCCUGUACCCAUCACCUUGUCUACUGUGCCCGGUAAUGUUUCUACAGCAAGCUCUUUUGGCCCUGUAUCAGAUGAAGAUGAUCUGACCAUGAUGCCAAAGAUUGUAAAUGUUAUGUCUUUAGCACCAGAGGCCAAGUCUGACAUGGGCAUGGAAAUCGGCAUCUCUGACACCGAGAUGGAAUGGAAGUCUGAUGCAUGCUCUCUAACAACUGAGGCUUAUGCACGAGGUAAUGCACCAGCCCAGGAUGCAUGUUAUGUGACUGCUGAGUCAUGUGUACCAUCCACUUCUGUUCCUGUGGACAAAAAGAAAGAGGAGGUUGCAGAUCCAGCAAGGAAAAGCUGCAGUCCACACUCUAGUCUUCAUGAAAACCUACCCCAGGAAAAUGACAGCGGUAAUACCGAAGCCUCCUUAAAAACUAAAGAUGUCAGUGUGAGUGUUACUCCCCCAACUGAAACGGUUGAUGAUACCAGAGGUUCAAAACUUGAUCUAGAGCUCAAGAAAUUAACGUCUGCCAUUGACGAAGCAGGUUUAGAUCCGACCGAAUUACCAGACACCAUGGGUGAUCCAGAAGAGGCUGAUGAAACCCUCACAUCACUCCUCGAUGAAAUUGCAUUUCUCAACCAGCAGAUAAACAGUGAUACGGACGCUUUGGAAUCGGUCUCUGACUUUCCAGGGCCAGAUACAGUGUCCCAUAGCGAUGUGAACAAAUUUGCAGAUUCAGCUCCUUUUUCUUUUGGUAGAUUCAAGGAUGGGCCUGAAACGAAAGAAAAUAACAUUUCCUUCAGUCCUCUGUUCAUGCAGUUAGAAGAGGGAGAGAUCCUGGAUAAUAGCAAACUUAACGAAGGGGCAAGUCUAGGUGUUUUUGCAGGGGGUGCAAGAAAGGAACCCUAUCUGACUGAAGCGGCGGGAACAUCAAUAGGACUCCGCCAACCUCCUGCUACCGUGCCCACUCAUCAAAGGACUGAUCAGUCAAUGGGCUCAUGUUCAGAUGUGUUUUGGAGACCAAUGCCCAAGCUGGCACCGCUUGGUUUAAAGUCUUAUACCCUACCCAGUGAUCAGAGCGUUCUGGCAAGCAAACCAAUGCCAUCCUUGGCGUCAGUGGCAAUGAAACUAAGUUCACCUGAAAGUACAGAUUAACUUUUUUUUAUUUAAUUACUAAGUUAGUUGCUACUUCUAGGUGUGUACCCAUCUUACUCUGAAGGUGCAAACUUUCUCCAGCUACUUGAACUGUACGCCAUGUGCAUAUUAUGUACAGCUAAACAAACUGCCUCCGCAGCUUGGUCUCACUGUAAGUGCAACGCACUAUAAUUAUUACACGUAUACUGCGAUCCACAUGGAUUAUGGCCUGCACAACUCGUACAUUUUCUGAUCCUGCCUUUGUAUAAAUGCUGCUUCUUCACGUCAGCUCUAAAAACGCUUCUUCCAGCUCAGCUAAGACUUCAGCGAACAGUUUCUUGUGUCUCCAGCAACGAAACAAUACGAAACGAUGCUGACGCCCAGUUACAGUUUUCUCUGGUUUGACCACAGGUGCCUCUAUAGCUGCAAUUUCAAGCACUCAGCGUUCUCUCUGCGUUUUGCCCACAGUUAUAAGUUGGACAGUGUUCAUUUAGUUUCCUAUAUUUCUUUCCAAUGAAGCUCCAUCUAUGAAUACAUUAAGCCAUUGCUUAAAAUGUUAUAAUCACAGACAUUUUCUUUAGGUGCUCCCAUAAUUAACUGCAUGGAUGUGGAAAAAAAAAAAAAAACUGAAUUACCACCGAAUCUGUCACCAGUUGGUCCUAAAACAACCCUACAGUAAAGGAGCAUGCCGAAAUAUACUGUCUGGGUACUGUUAUUAAAGACAUUCAGUGUCUCUACAAUGAAAAACUGAAGCAGCUUGGCAAAAAAAGCUUAAAUGGGUUUUCUGAGAAUUAAAAAUGGAUCAGCCAUCCUCCUCAAAGUUCAUCAAUAUCUGAUCAGUAGGGGUGCAACUCCAGCACCAGUUAUCUGUUUGAAGGAGCCGCAGCGCUUGGAUGAGUGCUGCAGCCUCUUUGUACUUUGGUGGUACUUUAAGUUGCAAACACACAAAGUGUAAGAUGGCUGUCAUUGGCCAAGGCAUCACAGGAAUCUACUUGCUAUGGCCUUCUCAAACAGCUGAUCAGCGGGUGAGCGCUGGAAGUCAGACCCUCACUAAUCAGAUAUUGAUGACCAAUCCUGAGGAAAGAUCAUCCCUAUUUAAAGGGGUGGUCCCAUAGGAUAUGAUCCCAAUGUCUCAUGGGUGCAGUUCUCACCUCUGGGACCUGCAACUGUAUUUAGAACGGAACCUACAGUGCAUGCAGAGCCAGCUCGGCUAUUUCCGUUAGCCCUAUAGAAGUAUAUGGAGCGGUGGCCACACGCUGUGCUCUUCUCAUUCAUUUCAAUGGGACUUCCAAAAAUAGCCAAGUGUGGCACUAAGCUAUUUUCGGCACUCCCAUAUAAAUGAAUGGAGGGUGGCAGCGCCUGCACGAUACACCCUCUGGGACUUUGCGGGUCUGUACUAAGUAUAGGUGCGGACCUGCACCUUUUAGACAUUCGGGACAUAUCCUAGCAAUGAGAUGGGACAACCCCUUUAAAUCCUGGAAAACACCUUUAAA